GGCACUUGAUAGCCGGUCGGAAGGUGUGCGGAAAGGGUCGAGAUGUAGCCCAGUAGCCUAACGAAUCGAUGCCAUAUCCUCUCUAUGGAGCAGAUCUGUGAGAUGAUGGCACCAUCUUGACCUUGUGCAUGUGCCUGCUAUUCUCAUGGCUCCCCUUUUCAUGACUCUCAUUGUUCCUCUUUGUCUAUUCUUCUGCCAUCUUCCAUACACUUUGUUCUUCCUCAUCCAAUUGGUCCAAAUCUAGGAAGAGGAUGAUGACGAUGGAAUGAGGAGAAGAUGAUGAUAGCGGAGUAAGAAGAGACUCUUGGUGGCCUCUUCUCAUCCGCAUUCAAAAGCCGACCAGAUAAAACCUUUCGAGAUUCAUGAAAGACCAUCUCGUACGGCGCUCAAGAUCGGAUCAUGAUAUAGCAUUUGAACAAGUGGCACAACAGAAGAAAUAACAUACUUGACAUCAACAUUUGUCUUUCCUCUACCCUCCUUUCCAUGCUUUCACUUCACACUCUUUGGCUUUACAUCCGUUCAACAUUACCAAAGAAGUACGUCAUCGUUGCUUGUUAUGAAGUGAGAUUAAUUAAGCCGGUCAAAGUUUCUUCAUUCAUGAUGUCUCUACACUCGCAUUCAUUGGGCUCUUACAAGCAAAUAUUGGCAGACUCUAGAGAAGAAGAGGAACCUCUCUUAUCCGUUGAAAACUCUGCAGCAACGUCCCGCUUUGCAGGUGGUGAUGAUGAGUUGCAGCUUUGUAUGGUGAAAUAGUUCCGGCGAGAA